CCUCCCCCUUUUUAAAAAAUGCACUGCUGUGUGCUGAGCGCUUUUCUGUUCCUGCAUCUGGUCACGGUCGCGCUCAGCCUGUCUACUUGCAGCACACUUGAUAUGGACCAGUUCAUGCGCAAGAGGAUAGAGGCGAUCCGCGGGCAGAUCCUGAGCAAGCUGAAGCUCACCAGUCCCCCAGAAGACUACCCUGAGCCCGAGGAAGUCCCCCCGGAGGUGAUUUCCAUCUACAACAGCACCAGGGACUUGCUCCAGGAGAAGGCGAGCCGGAGGGCGGCCGCCUGCGAGCGCGAGAGGAGCGACGAGGAGUACUACGCCAAGGAGGUUUACAAAAUAGACAUGCCGCCCUUCUUCCCCUCGGAAACUGUCUGCCCAGUUGUUCCAACACCCUCUGGCUCAGUGGGCAGCUUGUGCGCCAGACAGUCUCAGGUGCUCUGUGGGUACCUUGAUGCCAUCCCGCCCACGUUCUACAGACCCUACUUCAGGAUUGUCCGAUUUGAUGUCUCAGCAAUGGAGAAGAAUGCUUCCAAUUUGGUAAAAGCAGAGUUCAGAGUCUUUCGUUUGCAGAACCCAAAAGCCAGAGUGCCUGAACAACGGAUCGAACUGUAUCAGAUUCUCAAGUCCAAAGACUUAACAUCUCCAACCCAGCGCUACAUCGACAGCAAAGUUGUGAAAACGAGAGCAGAGGGUGAAUGGCUCUCCUUUGAUGUAACCGAUGCUGUUCACGAAUGGCUUCACCAUAAAGAUAGGAACCUGGGAUUUAAAAUAAGUUUACACUGUCCCUGCUGCACUUUUGUACCAUCAAAUAAUUACAUCAUCCCAAAUAAAAGUGAAGAACUAGAAGCAAGAUUUGCAGGUAUUGAUGGCACCUCCACAUAUACCAGUGGUGAUCAGAAAACUAUAAAGUCCACUAGGAAAAAAACCAGUGGGAAGACCCCACAUCUCCUGCUAAUGUUAUUGCCCUCCUACAGACUUGAGUCACAACAGUCCAACCGGCGGAAGAAGCGUGCUUUGGAUGCGGCCUAUUGCUUUAGAAAUGUGCAGGAUAAUUGCUGCCUACGUCCACUUUACAUUGAUUUCAAGAGAGAUCUUGGGUGGAAAUGGAUACAUGAGCCGAAAGGGUACAAUGCCAACUUCUGUGCUGGAGCAUGCCCGUAUUUAUGGAGCUCAGACACUCAGCACAGUAGGGUCCUCAGCUUAUAUAAUACCAUAAAUCCAGAAGCAUCUGCUUCUCCUUGCUGCGUGUCCCAGGAUUUAGAACCGCUAACCAUUCUCUACUACAUUGGCAAAACACCCAAGAUCGAACAGCUUUCUAACAUGAUCGUAAAGUCUUGCAAAUGCAGCUAAAAUCCUUGGAAAAGUGGCAAGAUGAAAAUCAUGAUGAUGAUGAUGAUAAUGACGACAAUGACAAUGAGGAUGUUUGUAACAAGAAAACAUAAGAGAGCCUUGGUUCAUCAGUGUUAAAAAUUUUUGAAAAAGCGGUACUAGUUCAAACACUUUGGAAGUUUGUGUUCUGGUUGUUAAAACUGGCAUCUGAAACAAAAAAAGUU